AUGUCUUCCAGCUCCAAGCCCCGACAACCCCGACUUCGGGCCUCCUGCGACGGGUGCUUCUUGGCCAAGGUCAAAUGCUCCAAAGCAAGGCCAAUCUGCUCCAGAUGCCUCGCUUGCGGUCUCGAAUGUCGUUAUUCCCCCUCAAGCAGAGCCGGCAAGCCAAAGUCGGAUCACAGCGCGCCGAGCCACGCCAACACCGUCCACAUGGACAUGACCGACCUAUCUCCUAUCAUGGACGAGAAAAACCUGAUGUUUAGCCAGCACCCCGGCAUGUACAAGAUGGAGCCCGGUUGGCAUACUCCCACAAGCAUGGAGGGCGCCAUGAGCAGAAACCCCUCCAUCUCUUCUGGGCUUGCCAUGCUCGGCGUCGACGACACAACCCCUAGAGACCACCAAGAUCCGGCAGGAGACAUGUACGGAGGCGGUAUGCCUUGGACACCUCCUACAGACUUCUCUGCAGCACCGUAUCCCGACAUGACGAUGGCCGGCGCACACAUGAACCCCCACCACGGGCGCUCUCAGUCCAUGGAUAUGGCCAUGGCAGCUCAUAUGGCGGCGGCGCCGUGGGGAGAUCCAACUCAGCACGACAUGAUGCCUUACACAGCCAUGCCCACACCGAGCAACAUGGCGGCGGCGGCUUACUUUCCCAGUCCCUCCACCACACCCAACAUGCGCCCAGCUGUCAGACACAAGUCUUCGUCCUCAGGAGGCAGCAGUUCUUGCAAUUGCUUUACCGUUUGCCUGCAGUCACUACAAGCUUUACACAAUGCCUCAUCUCCACAAGCGCCUCCCUUUGAUCUCGUGCUCUCUCUCAACCGCAAGGCUGUCGAGGGGUGCGCCGCCAUGCUUUCCUGCAACAGAUGCAUGAGCCGCUCGGGGACCCACACAUCCGCCAUGCUUCUGGCCACUGUCAUCGGCAAGAUCACGAGCUUUUACAAGAACGCCAGUCACACCUACUUUGAGAACGGCAUGGUGCCCCAGGUUAACCAGCUCAGUCCCGGGGGUGGGCUCGGUGUCAGUCUUGGUGCGUACACGUUGGGUGGUGAGGAUGGCAGAUGGCUCGAGCUCGAGAUCCUGAAUCGUGAGCUGCGCAAGCUGGAGGAGGUCUACGCGCAGUUCCGCGACGUCUGCGCCGAUCUCUCGGAAGACCCCGAAGUCAGCAAAGCCAUGAUUGGCUACCUCGGCCAUAAUCUUGGCACGACACUCGAGGUCGUCAGCCAUCGCAGAGGGGACAUGAGCUAUGCUUAG